AUGCCCCCCCACCCACCGACCACGGCGUCCUUCGACGUCUUCGAUCGCGCGCUGACCCUGCACGUCGACCCCGACGCGCUCAACGAGGCUGGCGUCGUGUGGCGCGACGCCGUCCGAUCGCUCGCGCGCGUCGCCGCGCCGCGAUGCCUGCGCGUCGCGGCGUCCGUCGAGGGGCUCUUCGCGCGCGACGCGCGCUGCGGCGUCGGCUUCGCGGGCGCGCCGCCGGUUCGCGUGCUCGAGCUCGGCGCGGGCACGGGCGCGUGCGGGCUCGCGCUCGCGGCGGUCGUGCCGCGCGCGACGUGCGUCCUGACGGACGUGGACGACGUCGUCGAGCUGACGCGGCGCAACGUCGCGUCGUUCGUCGACGGCGUCGGCGCGCCGGACGAAGUCGCCAACGGCCCGCUCGCGCCCGGGAGCGUCUGCGUCGCCGCGGCGCUGCGAUGGGGUGAGUCGACGGAGGCGGCGGAGAGGGCGGCGGACGAGGCGGAUGCGGCGGCGGCGGGGGGGGGGAGGAGGAGGAAGGAGGCGACGGACGUCGAGGAGGGCGAUGAGAAGGAGAACGCCUACGACGACGAAAAAAAUAAUACAGGUAAGUCGCGGCGCGGGUGGGACUUCGUCCUCGCGUGCGAGACGCUCUACGUGCCCGGGACAUGGGACCUGUUCCAGGAGGACACGCGCGGGCCGCUGUUGCGAACGCUCAUCGAGGCGUGCUCGCGUUCGCGGAAGAAGAAAACGGUCGUCAUGAUGGCGUUUACCGUCAGGGACAAAGGCCGCGAGGUUGGCUGGGCGACUGGCGCGUUUGGAGAAAAUUUUUGGAUGCGGCGGCUGCGCGGCGGCGGCGACGACGACGACGACGACGACGACGACGACGACGACGACGACGAGACGACGAGAGCGAGGGACGCGGACGCGAGGGCGUCGCUGGAGGCUGCCGCGGAGGGCGACCUCGUGGUGUUGCGCGCGCGAGCCAAGCGUGAGGAAGGGGAGGAGGAGGAGGAGGAGGAGGAGGAGGUUGACCGGUAG